ACCAAACAAGAUAUAGCUACAGAACGACUAACCUAUGAAACUAAUCGUGCUGGUCUAGAUAGUAUGUACUCAGAUGUUAAACAGAAACUAGAAGAGGAAACCCAAUUAAGAUUAGAUGUUGAAAAAGAGUUACAGUUACAGAUCAGUAUGAAGAUGGAGAUGGAAAUGGCUUCCCGUCUGCUGGAAAAAGACAUCCAUGAAAAACAAGAUACAGUUAUUGGUUUACGCAAACAAUUAGAAGAUAUCAAGGGCAUUAAUUUGGAACUAUACCAAAAAUUACAGACAUGUGAGGGAAGUUUAAAACAUAAAACAGAAAUGGUGACAAAACUAGAAGAAAAAACAAACCAGCUUAUUGCAACCAUGAAAGAAAUGGAAAAUAGAAUUAAGCUAUUCCAGUCAGAUAAACAAGCAGCAGAAGAAACAGCCAGAAAACUGGGUCAAAUGCUGGCUGAUAAAGAUGCUAAAAGGAGUGCCUUAGAAACAGAUUUGAAAAUUGAAAAAGAAUGGAGAGGAACAUUACAGAAAACUCUAGAAACAGAGAAAGAAAAAUGUUCAAAAUAUCACUUAGAGUUACAACAGUUGAAAGAAAUUAAAAAGGAGUAUAAUGAAUUGAAGACACGCUAUCAUUCCAUACAAGAAUUAUGCCAAGAACAAGAGAGUGCUUUAGCUGAACUGGGUUCACAGUUAGGGGACUCUAAAAUGAAAGUAGAGAAUUUAAAAGAAAAUCAACUAAUUGUAAAAGAAGCUCAAUGGGUAGAUGACACUGAUUCAAAACACUGUAAAAAAUGUGAAAAAGAAUUUUCUAUAUCAAGGAGAAAGCAUCAUUGUCGAAACUGUGGUGAUAUUUAUUGUAAUGAAUGCUCAGAUAAUAAGAUGUCUCUUCCAUCUUCUUCCAAACCAGUUCGAGUCUGUGACAAUUGUCAGACAUUUUUACUUCAGAGAUUUUCUGCGACUUAA